UCAUUGAUCUUUGACCAAGGAUUUAACGGUCAAAAAUUCCAGAGUAUAGUUACCAGGGCAUACAAGAAAAUCGCACUCGUUCUUCUAUAAAAUUGGCUCUGACAUUUUCUCCUAAUUAUACAAAAUAUUUUAUACAAGUGACAGCAAGCUUCUAAGUUUAGUGCAGAGAGAGAAAUGGUGAAAGGACAGAGAACCUACAGAGCUCACUGCUUGAUUUUACCCUAUCCAAUCCAAGGCCACAUUAAUCCCAUGCUCCAAUUUGCCAAGCUUUUAGACCACCGAGUGGAAGUCACACUGGUGACGACUCGCUACAUCUACAAGACAAUGCAAGGGUUGGGAUUGAGCUGCUUGUCGUGGGAGACCAUCUCCGAUGGCUUCAAUGAAGGUGGGAUGCGAGAAGCAGGAACCGUAGAUGCCUAUGUGGAAAGCUUCUGGAUAGUGGGGUCGAGAACUUUUAGUGAGCUUCUUGAGAAGCUCUUGAGCUCAGCGUCCCCGGCUGAUUGUGUUAUUUAUGUUUCCUUCAUUCCUUGGUCUUUGGAUGUCGCCAAGAAGUUCGGAAUAGCUGGGGCGGUUUUCUUCACUCAGUAUUGUGCUGUUGGCAGCAUCUACUACCAUGUCCACAAAGGGCUUUUGAAGCUUCCUCUUGCAGAUGAUCAGUCUCAAAUUUCUCUUCCUGGGUUGCCACCACUUGAUCCUUUGGACUUCCCAUCGUUUGUUUACGACUUGGGGUCUUACCCGGCUUUCUAUGAACUGGUUGGGGGACAGUUGUGCAAUGUUGACAAAGCUGAUUGGGUCCUAUGCAACACAUUUUAUGAGUUGGAAGAACAAUUGGUGGAUUGGAUGGCUAAGCUUUGGAGAUUGAGGACCGUAGGACCGUAGGAGUCUCAAAACUCCUACACAACGUACGAAUGCCAAGUAGAUUGUGGAUGUUUGGAAAAUAGGGGUUACAGCUCCAACUGAAGAGAAAGGGGUUGUGAGACAAGAAGUAAUAGAACAUUGCAUAAAUGAAGUAAUGGAGGGAAAGAGAGGGGAAGAAAUACAGAAGAGCGCUGCAAAAUGGAGAGAAUUGGCCAGAAAGGCGGUGGCUGAAAGCGGAAGCUCUAACAAAAACAUUGACGAGUUCAUUGCAAAACUGGAGGUCCAAAGUUAGUGCUCAAGUCCAACAAAAUCGAACUGAAUCGAAUAUUUGUGUUUGUAAGGAGCUGCUAAAUCUUGCUAAUAAUGAUGCGGUGUUGAAGAAAACGUAUGCCGAGGAGUUUGGGAAUGAGUAUCAAAGGAGAAGGAACUGCGACUAAGCUAGCGGUUUAGGUUGGUUGUAAAAUGGGAGACUAUCAAGUAACAAAUGAAAGCGGUAGUGAGGUUUAGGAUAUUUUAUUAAGGGGAAUGCUUAGCAAAUUAUGUUUUGUUAUUGAUGAUUGAUUUAUUACUGUUUUAAUAAAAAUACUUAUUUCUUACAA